CAGUUGUUAUAUUUGAUGUCUGCAGUUGUAAGAUGUUGGAAGCAGAAAUCUUAUUUUAUUUUGCAGAGCAUUGGCUGUGACGACUAUCUGGGCUCAGACAAGGUGAUUGACAAGUGUGGAAUAUGCGGAGGGGACAACACUGCUUGCAAGGUUGUUUCUGGAGUUUUCAAACACACACUAACAAAUCUCGGCUAUCACAAGAUAGUGGAAAUUCCUGAAGGAGCUACUAAAAUUAACAUUACUGAGAUGUCAAAGAGCAACAACUAUUUGGCCUUGCGGAGUCGAUCAGGGCGGUCCAUCAUCAAUGGAAACUGGGCAAUUGAUCGACCUGGAAGAUACGAAGGUGGUGGGACGAUGUUCACUUAUAAGCGCCCAAAUGAAAUAUCCAGCACUGCAGGAGAGUCCUUUUUAGCUGAUGGUCCAACAAACGAAGUCCUCGAUGUCUAUAUGAUACAUCAGCAGCCUAACCCAGGUAUACAUUAUGAGUAUAUCAUUCCAGGAGACAAUGUCAUCAGUCCUCAGUUGCUUGCUCACAGGAGGCCAGGGGAGCCCUUGAAUGGUCAAUUAGAAAUGCCUGAAAGUACAAAUCACAAUGAGGAGAAUUUGCAUAGGGAGACAGACACUAUCACUGGACAGUCAGUUGGAACUUUCCCAGUUAUUCAGCCAGGAAGAUUUCCUUCUCAUCAGCCAGAAAACCAGGUGCCUGCUGUGCAGCUAUCAAGACAAAACCGAGAAUACAACUGGAAACAGAUUGGAAAAACUGAGUGUACCACUACAUGUGGGAAAGGAUCCCAGUACCCAAUUUUCCACUGUGUCAACAGAGUCACACAUGAGGAAGUUCCUGAGAAUUAUUGUGACAGCAGCACCAAACCUAUUCCAGAAGAGGAAGCCUGCAACAUUUUCCCAUGUCCAGCUUUUUGGGACAUAGGGGAGUGGUCUGAGUGCAGUAAAACAUGCGGCCUUGGCAUGCAGCAUCGACAGAUCUUAUGUAGGCAAAUAUAUGCCAACCGUACCUUGACAGUUCAGCAGUACCGCUGCCAUCACCUGGAGAAACCAGAGACCACCAGCACUUGCCAGCUGAAGAUCUGCAGUGAAUGGCAGAUUAGGACAGAGUGGACUUCAUGUUCAGUACCUUGUGGAGUGGGGCAGAGGACUCGAGAUGUGAAAUGUGUCAGCAACCUUGGAGACAUUGUUGAUGAUGAGGAAUGUAACAUGAAGCUGCGGCCAAAUGAUAUUGAAAACUGUGACAUGGGACCUUGUGCUAAGAGCUGGUUUCUUACAGAAUGGAGCGACAGAGUAAGGCUUCUCAUUGUUGUUAUGUACUGCAAAAUUUUCUAAAACAACUUAGAUGCAUCAAAAUUUAAAAAAAUAUAAAUGUAUCUACCAUAGAAGAAGUGAACGUAUUUUCUAUGUUUGUCUUUGAUCUGUAGAACAGGCAAGAACAUACAAAAAACAAGGAUCUCAAGGGUACUGUGAGUUUGUGUUAGAUACAAAAAUGCAUAGAUUGUGGGUAUGUGGCUGAACAUCUGGAUUUAGCAUUGAUCUGUGUCUGAGCUUCCCAAACUACUGAGUGAGUUGAGAUUUAUUGUUCUGCCUUGCUUAGCCCCAAGUCUUAAGCUUCAGAUCUUAGGAGUUUCCCUACUGUUUCUAUAAGUGAUGGAGGUUUGAGGUCUGAUGUCUGGCUUUAAGUUGAAAUCAUAAAACAAUUUUCCUAUAGCUUUUAAAAGAGGAGAGCAACUUCACAAACUCAGGAAAGAUUGAACUGAGACUUCCUCUAUUUCGUGAAUAUAGAUAUUUUUUAAUUCCGGUGAGUCUGACUGUGCAUGAAAACAAUACAGAGUAUGGUGAUGUACCUUGUUUCAUGUCUAGGUUCCAAGAAGUUGUUCACCGUUGGUACUC